AUGAGUUGGACUCCAAUCCAAUGCCUUUUGGGCGGGGGUUUCCCCCCAUCGGAGGCGGCGUUUUCUUUUGCGUUUCCCGCUGUUUUCCCAUUUCGAAAGAGACGAAGAGAAGAGAAGAAGAGACGAUUCUCAUCUCAUCUCAUGGAGACGGAGAGGAUAGCCGGCGAGGAUCAGGAUAUGGACGGCGAGUUCGAUUCGGUGCGGGAGGUGUUGCGAGAUCGUUUCCGACUCUCCUCCAUCUCCAUCGCCCAUGCUCAAGCCCGGAGAAGUGGCUUGGAGAUUUCUGAACCCGUCGUUGCCUGCCUCGCCGAUUUGGCUUUCCAAUUCUCAGAACAGUUGGCCAAGGACCUUGAGCGUUUUGCUCGCCAUGCUGGCCGUAAGUCUGUUAACACGGAAGAUGUCAUCCUCUCUGCACAUAGGAAUGAACACCUGGCUAUCUCGUUGAGGUCCUAUUGUGACGAACUCAAACUGAAAGAACCCCAGUCUCUGAAGAAGCGUAAAAAGUUACCAGGAAAAGAAGCCAAAGCUACUACCAGUGCGGUUCACAUUUCCGACCUGUGAAUCAGAGGUGUUCAAAUUCGGAUUGUUCUUUUUUAGCAAUUGAAGCAUGCAAUGGAAAAGAUACUUGAAGCAAACAAUGUCUUCAGUAAGCACUUGAGUGCUCAUAUUUUGCCUUAUUUCAGUUGCAUCUUCAGAAGCUGGAACCAACUUCUUGAGUGACAUGCCAUGUUGCACUAUUUGGGAUGUAGCAACUGAUAUAUGAGAUUGGCUCCAUCUAUCUUUGCUGAUUAA